UGGCUGAGUGGCUGUUGUUCCCAGUGGCUUCCACUUUGUUAUAAUCCCACUAACAGUUGAGCAUGGAAUAUUUAGUAGCCAGGAAAUGUCACGGAUGGACUUAUUGCCCAGGUGGCCACCUAUCACGGGACCACGCUUGGAGUCACUGAGCUCCUGAGAGCGACCCAUUCUUUCACCAAUGUUUGUAGAAGCCGUCUGCAUGCCUAGGGGCUUGAUUGUAUACACCUGUGUCCAUGGAGGGGAUUGGAACACCUGAAUCACAUGAUUGGGAGGGGAUGGGAACACCUGAAUCACAUGAUUGGGAGGGGAUGGGAACACCUGAAUCACAUGAUUGGGAGGGGAUUGGAACACCUGAAUCACAUGAUAUGGAGGGGAUUGGAACACCUGAAUCACAUGAUAUGGAGGAGAUUGGAACACCUGAAUCACAUGAUUGGGAGGGGAUUGGAACACCUGAAUCACAUGAUAUGGAGGGGAUUGGAACACCUGAAUCACAUGAUUGGGAGGGGAUUGGAACACCUGAAUCACAUGAUAUGGAGGGGAUUGGAACACCUGAAUCACAUGAUAUGGAGGGGAUUGGAACA